AUCCCAUGGGAGCAGUGCCAGCAUUCCAACAAUCCCCAUACAAUAGUCAUGCAGUGGGGCAGGCGAGCAGAAGCCAUGCUGAACUAGCACUGAGUGUGGCCUACUAAACUUACUGGGCGAGUAUAUAUAGGGCCAGUGGCUACACACGUCACUCCCCUACGAUAUGGCGCCGCUUCCUUUCUGUAUUCCGAGCGUAUGUUCUCUGGCAGUGCGCACUAAUCCCAAAGCCCCGCAAACUCACACAGUAUACCCAAUGCCAGCAGCACUGUGCCGCUACACUCAUGGCUAUGGAUCCGGGAUAAAAACCUGUAACGUUUAGUUUGCAAAUAGACUGGUGCGAGUAUGCCUGAAACCAAACCGCAGUUAAACCAAGGACCCCAAUGUUUUGGAUAAAGUUUUCCUAGUAGCUUAUUAUUUUGAGUUGCAGAAUCCAUCUUCAAAUUAACAAUCAUGGAGAAACCCCCAAACUCUUUUCCCAGGGAAGAAUGUGGCAGUAAGUCAAUAACAACGCCAGCUUAUUUCGUCAUUCUUCAGCAGUCGCAAGGCAAUGGCAAAAAGGAGGAAGGAAUUGUUGUAGCCAACCGGGAUGUUUCUUCUGUUGCUCCAGUCAUGUCAUCAGGACAUGACAAAUCAAAAUCUAAAACCUUCCUUUCAGCUGAGUGCAAAUCAGGAAAUAUUACAGUGACACUUGAUAAUAAUAAUAUGUGGAAUGAAUUUUACCGCUGCAGUACAGAGAUGGUUUUAACAAAACAAGGCAGACGGAUGUUCCCCUACUGCCGCUACUGGAUAUCUGGCUUAGACCCAUAUCAGAAAUAUAUACUUGUCAUGGACAUUAGUCCAAUGGACAACCAUCGAUACAAGUGGAAUGGUAAAUGGUGGGAAGCAGGUGGCAAAUCUGAGCCACAUGUCCUGGGCAGGGUUUUUAUCCACCCUGAAUCUCCAUCUACUGGACAGUAUUGGAUGCACCAACCAGUUUCUUUUUAUAAGCUCAAGCUAACCAAUAAUAUUUUGGAUCAAGAGGGUCACAUCAUCUUACACUCCAUGCACCGCUAUCUUCCACGCUUACAUGUGGUACCCGCCAACCAGUCCACUGAAGUAAUUCAACUUAAUGGACCAGAUGUCCACACAUUUACUUUUCCACAGACAGAAUUUAUAGCUGUAACAGCAUACCAAAACUUUCAGAUUACUCAGCUUAAAAUUGACUGCAACCCUUUUGCCAAGGGCUUUAGGGAAGGGGCUAUGACAGGAAAGCCAGUGAAAGAGGCAAAAUCAAAAAACUCUGAUCAAGAAAAUGAUUCUCAAGGUCCUCAACCCCAUAAUGAUUCUGAGAGCAUACUUAGGUUGAGAGAGCUAUUCAGGGCUCCAGAAAACUCUGAUGGGGAAACUGAUCCUGAAGCGUUCAAUGCUGAGCAUGAUUUCUUCAAUUGUAAGGAUUCACGCUUGUCAAAUCCAGAUACUCCACGCAUCCAAUCAGAUGGUCUAAACAGUCCUGCGCAAACUGGUAUUGGAAGCAGUCCUUCUGUAGCCUCUUCUUUGGAUCCCAAAGGACAGCCUAAUAUUGUAAUCAAAGAAGAACCUGUUGAUGAUUAUGAUUAUGAUUAUGGUAAGGAGCAACCCACCGGGGCCAUAAAUGUGAAACAAGAAUCUGAAGAGGAAGAAACAGAUGAGUAUUCAAACAGUGAUGAUGAAUACCCCAUACUAGAGAGGCAUUUUUCACAGUUCAGGAAACAACCCCACAGUGAGCGAAAACGUUCUAAGAGUAGUCCUUCUGGAGUUGCUAAAGCAAAAAUGUUAAAACUUGAUAGUGGAAAACUGCCUGUGGUCUACCUGGAGUCGUGUUCUGUAGCUAAAAGUACUCUAGGUGUAUCCACCUUGGAAAAGACCAUAACUCGGGAGAAACUGCAAAGAUUGCUGGCAGAAUGUAGACCACCUCCUGAGAGAGAGCCCUUUACUAGAAAGCACAUAACCAGGGAAGCAAUUAAAAGAGAUUCAAAUAAAGAAAACUUCCAAAAGCUAAGUAAAAACAAAGAUGACACUCUGCAAAUUACUGUAAGCAGCUCGCAAGUUUUAAAUGUUGGACGUAAUAAAACUCCUAUUGUUCUUACCAAGACUACACCAAAUCAAACUACAAAGUUAAAAAAUAACUCCUCACCACCAGUAAAAAGCAAACGAGGCAGGCCUCGCAAGCAAAAACAGGAUAAGGAUGUGCACCUCGCUAAAAUCAGUGGCCCUGUCCAGGCAGAACAGCCACUUCCAGAUGUUAAUCCAGACCUGGAAGAUGUGGAUGGUGUCCUGUUUGUAGCAUUUUCUUCAAAAGAAGCACUUGAUGUUCAUACAGAUGGUAACAAAAAGAGAGAUCUGUCAUCCAGUUUUUUAGCACCACCAGCAAGUGGGGAAAAAGCCACCAUAAACAAAAUUAGAGCUCUUGAAAAGCAGCUUGUGGAAGAUCUUCAACUAAUGAAAUACAACCAAGUCAUUCACCCAGCACUACAGCAAGUGGGGCUGAAACUGAACAUUGUGGACCCUACCGUGACCAUUGAUCUGCGAUACUUAGGAGUACAACUUCCUUUACCAUAUAUGAGCAGAAAUGUGACUUGGGAUAGCUAUGAAUCAUGUGCUCAAGCUUCUAGAUCUCCAUUUGUUUCCAGAACUGGCAAAACAAUGGAUUACACAAAGAUAAAAGGCUGGAAGGAUAAAUUCUCAAAUUCCAUGCCAUCCUCUUCUAAUAAUCAUAGUUCAAAACCAGUGAUCAGUGGUAAGAGCCCUGACAGCUCUUUGAAAAAUCGCUCAGCUUUCUGUAGUGAUGAAUUAGACGAAUAUCUUGAGAAUGAGGCCAGAUUAAUGGAGACUUCUGGUGGCAUUACACAAAAUGAGCCAGAGCCAUCAGCUAUUAGCCAGCUUCCGGCUGUAAGUACAAGUUCUGUAAAGACCAUUCAUACUGUGCUAAAGAAGCUAAUUUCUCUGCCAUCACCUUCCUCAAAAGCAUCAAAACCCCAUGCAAAAAGAAAACGAACCAAGACACCAUGCAAAGCUUCAACACCAAAAAUAAAAGCAAAGGGAAAACAAUCCUUGGAGUUUGAGAAUAUAAGAGACAAUCCUGUUGCUUCUGAAACUGGUAUGACCUCUAUUAAGCCUUCUCAGGAAUCGGAUCAGGUCAUUCCAGGGAUACCCAGCCUUGUACCAUCCAUAGAAGAGACCUUGUUGCCUAGUAUAAGGCAAGUCCAGCUGCCAAAUCAGCAACCCCAAUUACGACCUUUUGGAUUUUCCAAGUCUCACAUGAAACUUUUGGAUAUGGAGGAAAAUACCCUCUGGAAAGGAAAAUCACGCACUUACAUUACAGAGGAGCGUGCAGAUACAUGUUUAGUUGUCCUCCUCACUGCACAGGCUUCUCUUAAAAACAAACCAAUUCACAAAGUUGUUCGGAAACAAAUUUCUCCAUGCAACAAAUUGUUCUGCCGGCUGGGUUGUGUGUGCCAGAGUCUUAAUAAUAAGGAGCACAAUUUUGCUCACUGCCGCCAUGCUGACUGCAUGCUUGAAUGUUCAUGCAUACAAGAAAAACAGCUUCUAGAAAAAGAUAAAAUUGAUAUCAAAAUGGAGUGCACAGAGAAACUUACAGAAAAAGAGUGUUUCUGUAUGAAAAGCUCAACAGAAUGCAUGGAACAGCCUCUGGAAAAGGUUGGGAUAGAUAUCAAAAGCUCAAUGCAGUGCACAAAACACCUUCUAGAAAAAGAUGUGUCCAACAUCAGAAACUUAGCAGAGUGCAUGGAACAGCUUUCAGAAAAUAAUGGAAUAGACAUUGACAGUUCAGCAGACUGCAUGGAACAAACAGCCAAUCAAGAAAACCCUUAUUCCCUUUCAACAAGAGAUUCUGAAGAGGUUCUAAGAACCAGGGAACAAGCCAAAAAAAGACUCAAAAGCAACUCUGCAGAGAGCAGCCAGCAGAAUAUUUACCCUUUGCCUCUAGAACAGUUUCCAAUUUGGAAGAUAUGGGAAGAUGAUGCAGAUCCCGAGCCAAUAUGUAUUCCAAAACAGUCUGAGUUGGAGGAAUGCAAAGUCCGAAUGCCACAAACUGAACAGCUGCAGUCCGAAAAACACACACCCCCUGGCACGAGUAAAGCUUGUGGAGGAUCCUCGCACCAUAUGGUCCAUAAAGAUGAAGUAGACCCAGUCUACAUGUUUUUUGAUAGCUUGAUGACAUGUGCUAGAGUAAGAACCUAUGAACGCAAGCCUCCAGAAGAAAAGGCGAAGCUGGAACAGUGCAAUUAUGAAUCACCUGAUGCCAGUGAACAGGAUAAACGAUCUAAGAGUCGUGAUAAGAAUAAAAUAAAGGAUAUAAUAGAUUACAUUGAUAAAAAUACCCAUAAGUCAGAGUGUUGUGCUCCAACCAAGCUCAUUGAGAUUAUAUCGGACUGCAGUUGGGAGGAGGAUCGCAGCAAGAUUCUUAACAUUGUCUCUCAGCAUAUGAACAAAAGUGAUCCUCAGUCCUUCAAGGUUGGUAGCUUUAAUAUUGAACUGACUUCAGAAAGUAAAGGUGGCGACAAUGCUACAACCUCUGCGUAUUCUUCAAGAGUAAAGAUAUCAAUGGUCCCAGGCCAAAUGAAAGAAAAAGAUUCAGAAAAGUUAGUGAAGUGGAAGACGGAACAAAUAAAGCUUCCUGAACGUAAGCUACCAGAGCCCAAUCUCGAGGCAGAACAGCUACAGAAAUCUCAUGGAGGAAAAGGUUUGCCUUUCUACACAAAGAUCAUUCCAGCUGGCAAGCUAGUUGCCCGGCUUAAAAAUCCAAAUGACAGUGAAUCGGAUCUCAUUCAGGUGAAUGGAAAAUAUUAUCCUCAGGCUAAAAUUCUUUUGGGACAAAUGGGAGCACUUCAUCCAGCCAAUCGUCUUGCAGCUUACAUUACUCACAGGCUGCGUCCAGGCCUCUUCAGCCUUUCUAAACUGAAUGAAGUAAAAGUCAAUGCCCUAUCAAAAGAUGAAAAAACAGCUUCCAGUAGUGUUGAAGGGAAGUUUAAAGAAAACAUUGCAGCAACUCUGAAUGUUAAACAACCCACACCAAGAAAUAUUGUUCCACAACCUGCCCUCAGUACCACAUUGACUCAGUUAAUUUUAAAUGAAGUUGGAACUCUUCAGCAGAAAACCUCAGAAAUAAACUCAUCUGGGACACAGAAGAUUGCCCAUGAGACUUCUCCAUCACUGCUAGUUGUUACAUCAAUGGCCUCAGGAAAGCAAGCUUCAGCUAUCUGCACUAAUCCUUCUACAAUUAAUUUAACAAAUCUGGCUGGCGUAGGCACAGUAUCACCAUCACGAGAUAAAGCCUUACCUUCAAUGCCAACUCUUAUAAGUGUUACUAAACUAUUACCAAAGGACACUCCUGUCUCUGUUCCCCCAGGGCUAGUAGUAGCUGCCUCAGGUGGAAGUACUCAGACUGCAAGUGUAACAUCCUUUACGAGACCGAAAGAGUCACUUGCACCUCUUCCAUCUUUAAUUGCUUCACCCUUAGUAAAAACUUUGCCCUCUUCUACUUUAACUACAUCCACAGUUAGUCUCUCUGGUACUUCCACAAGCAUUGCUCCUCAGCUGGCACCAAAACUGGCACCUACAUCAACUGUAAGGACUCUUGGAUCAGUCUCUUCCCUGGCUGGUACUAAUGCUAUGCCUACACUAACUCUAAAACCAGCUGUACCCCAGACCCCUGGUCAAGUUCCAAGACCAUCAGUUUUGCCUACUGGAUUAGAAAACCGACUGGGACCUCGACUCCUACUUAUUCCAGUUCAGUCUGGCUCCACGCCUGUCCGUCCAGUGCAGCCAAUGCCACAAACCCCAGGACAAAAGAUGAUUUUGCAGCCUAUCCGAAGCCCUGGAAAGCUUAAUUUAUUCAGACAUCCUAACGGACAGAUUAUCCAACUUGUCCCUUUGCAACAAGUUCGUGCCACUAAUGUACAGCCAAGCAGUCAGUCACUUGUCCGUAAUCCAGGGGCUGUAACGAGUGUCCGUCUUGCACUUCAGACUAAAAGUGCUACUGCACCGACUCCCACUGUAUCAGCAUCAGUGCCUUCUGUCUCUGUUUCAGCUGGCUCAGUUGGAUCUCUUUCAAAGAUUAGCCCGGUUACAACUGCAGGCUCAGUUGCUCCUUUGGCACCACCCUUUUUGUCGCAGGUCGGCACGCAAAAACUACGGAUUGUCCCACCAGGAACUGGCAAUUCUGAAAUUCAGUCUAAUUCUGAAGUAAUAACCUCUGAGGGACAGUCUGUAAGCUCUACUAAUGUUUUGCCCCUUCGGUCUGGAAGCUUUGCCUUAUUAAAACUACCCUUUCAGAAAGCUGAACCCAGUACAUCCUCUGACAUUUCUACAUCCCAAACAAGUAAAACUUUGAUAAAUACAGACAGUAAAUCCUCAAUGCCUUCUAGAAUUCAAGGGGAUCAGAAGUUGGUUGAUGACACUGUACUUAGUUCUUUGGAUUCCACAAAGUGUGACAACAAAGAUCCAGGGUUCGGUGAUUUUACAGGAACCAUCAGUGACGUUUCUGGGCAAGUUCAUAUGUCAGAUAAAACCAGCACAUCUCUAGAUCAAAGCAGCAUCACCAAACCUGUAAAGAAAAUGUUCGAUAUAAAGGAUUCUUCUGAAGACAAGCAGCAUAGUAUUGAGGUAGGGGAUAAAAGCAAAGAAGACAAGCAACAUAGUACUGAAGUAUGUGAUGAAAGCAAAGAAGACAAGCUACAUGGUAUUGAAGGCAAUGAUGACAAAAGCAAAGAAGACAAGCUACAUGGUAUUGAAGGCAAUGAUGACAAGAGCAAAGAAGACAAGCAACAUGGUAUUGAAGGCAAUGAUGACAAAAGCAAAGAAGACAAGCAACAUGGUAUUGAAGAGAAUGACGACAAAAGCAGAGAAGACAAGCAACAUGGUAUUGAAGAGAAUGACGACAAAAGCAGAGAAGACAAGCAAUACAGUAUUGAAGAAAAUGAUGACGAAAGCAGACAAGGCAAGCAACGUGGUAUUGAAGAGAAUAAUGACAAAAGCAGAGAAGACAAGCAACACGGUAUUGAAGAGAAUGACGACAAAAGCAAAGAUGACAAGCAACAUGGUAUUGUAGAGAAUGACGACAAAAGCAAAGAAGACAAGCAACAUGGUAUUGAAGAUAAUGACGACAAAAGCAAAGAUGACAAGCAACAUGGUAUUGAAGAGAAUGACGACAAAAGCAAAGAAGACAAGCACCAUGGAAUUGUAGAGAAUGACGACAAAAGCAAAGAAGACAAGCAAUGUGGUAUUGAAGAACAGGACAAAAGCAUAGAUGACAAGCAACAUGGUAUUGAAAAACAUGAAAAAAACAAACACCCAACAGAUGAUUUAAAGUCCCCAGAAGCUGGAGAUGAGAUUCUGCUAACGGCUAACUCUGAAACACUUACACAGGGCCCUGUAGAAACUCUGUCGCAAUGUGACGUAGACCAGAGAAUAUCUGCAGAGGAACAGAAGCCAGUAACAGAGUCUGACCAGGAGGCAUCUGAGACAUGUUUCUUGGAGGAAAACCCUGAAGAUUCUAGUAUAAGCAAGGAAAUAUAUGAAUACAAUGAAAGGCCUGAUUCUGUUGAAUCUGUAAUAACUGAUGACUCAAGAAAAGACCACGAUGUUGGUGGCUACAUACACAGUGACACAAGUCUGGAUAAGGAAAGUAGUGAAAUAGACGAGGCAGUGGACAUUGAAACGGUGGAAGAACUUUCUGAGAAGAUAAACAUUGCUCGUCUCAAGGCAUCAGCAAGCAACAAGUAUUCCUCAGACAAAUGCAGCACCCAUUCUGAGUAUUUGAAAGCACGCAAGAAGGUAUCAAAGGAUGGAGAUAUGUUCAUGAGGGAAAUAGAAGAAGAUCCUAAUGAGUUUCAUCGUCGUACACACACUGCAAAUGAACGAAGACGCAGAAAUGAGAUGAGGGACCUGUUUGAGGAGCUGAAAAAUGCGCUUGGGUUGCACAAUCUUCCAAAGGUUUCAAAGAGCUAUAUCCUUAAACAGGCUAUAGAGGAAAUCGAAGGGCUAACAGACCUAGCAGAUACGCUGAUCAGGAAGAAAACCCUCCUCUCUCAGAGACAAACUCAUUUAGUCAAAAAAGUGUCAAAUCUCUCAGGAAAACCAAAAGAGGUUGUUUUGAAAAAGCUGGAAUAUAUCGUUGCCAAACAGAAAGCUGUAGAAGCAGAAAGGAAGAAAAAGAAUUUAGAGGAGGAUAUUGCUCUGCAUAAAGCAUCCAUGAUAAAUGCCCCUCUUCCAAAGAAAAUACCUUUCCCACCCAUGAGUAAGGAGGAGCCAGCUACUGUACAAUUUAGUGGAAAGUCAAAGAAGCCUAUAAUUCUUGCAAAAAAACCAUCACAGGCUAUUGAAAGCAAAUCCCCACAGCAGAUCUCCAUAACUGCAUCAAACUUGUUAAUGACACCUCAAGGACAACUGGUCACACUAAAGAAUCCUGUAGUGCCAGGACAAGUGGCUACUGUACCACCAUUUCAGGCAGAAAUUAGCCCACAGGUUGCUGGAGCAGGUAUAGCUUCUGUAGUGAUUCAGCUUCCAGGGACUAUACAAGUGAAAGGGCUACUUGGUAAUGCAUCAAUACCCAUCACUUUAGCUGCUGUGCCUAAUACUACCAUUACUGGUGUUCCACCACCUACUACAGAAGCAGAAAGGGAUGAUUUAUCCAUGAUGCCAAAGAUUGUGAAUGUAACAUCCCUAGCUAAUGAAUCGUCAGUCGAUUUGGAUGGAAGUGUAUCAACUCCAGAAUCCAGCAGAAAUUAUUCAAAGUGCCCUCUAACAGACGGGUCUUCAGAUUGUGCUGCCACAUCAGGACAAGGAGACACGGUUACAGAAUCCAUUCAGAAAGACUCCAGCGCUACCCCAGCUGCCUCACCAUCACCCAUUCACUUAGGUGGGGCAGAAGAAAGUCUUUCACAGAUACCAAGUGAUUUAUCAGACUGCAUAGAGUCUAGUAUGAUAGAACAUAUCACACAUAAGCGAUUUAGCCAAAACAAGAAUGAAAUGCCUGGUGGGUUAAUAGAUGUCAUUGGCGAUCAAGAAGACACGGACGAAACAAUUACUUCCCUACUUAAUGAGCUUGCUUUUCUUAAUCAGCAGUUAAACACUGAUGAUUUAGAUUCUGGCUCAGACUUUCCUGGGUCAGAAACAGCUUCACGAGGUAGUGCUAGCAGAUUUACAGAUGGUGAUUCAUCUCCCUUUUCCUUUGGCCGGUUAAAGGAUUUAUCUGAAAUUAAAGAGAAGAAUGUCUCCCUCAGUCCUCUCUUCCUGCACCUGGAAGAGGGAGAGAUCCAAGAGGGAGUAAGACAAAUUGAGGAGCCUGAAACGGUAACAUUUCUAGGAAGCUCAAGCAAAGAAUCCUUGUCUCCUGCAGAUGGGAAGGCUUGCAGUGGCCAGGACACUUCUGCUAGUGUUUCAUCAACUGAAAAGUCUGCCAACCAAGAAGCAAUGUGGAGACCAAUGCCCAAGUUGGCACCCCUUGGACUUAAAGCUGCUGCCACGUCAUCUGACCAAAAUGCACAUGGCAGUCGAUGCAUGCCAAUACUGGCACCCGUAACAAUGAGAUUAAGUCCACCAAAAUCGACAUUGUCAGAAGAACAGAGUAAGACGUAGUUUGAGAGCAGCCUAAUUAUGAGCCUAAAGCCGGCCAUACACACACCGAUAUUAUCGUACGAAACCUGGCUUAGUAAGUGCUUAGUGAGAAUUAACUGUGCUCCGCUUGAUUAGCUUCAUUUAGGUUAUCUUGGUCUGAAUGGAAAACAGUUCACAGUUGGUAUGUUUGUUCUUCAAACUCUUGCAUGGGUACUUGGUGGAUCAGCUGCCAGUGAUUUAUUUGAAUAAGCUAUUUCUAGAUUUCAUAUUUUAUUUUUCUUCUAUCUGUCAUUAAAUACUUGACUUUCAGGGCAGUGCUAGGGAGUUAAGUCUUCCCCUAAAAGCUCCCCUAAUUCAUUAAAGUAUGUUGACUUGGCAUUCCACUGGUUCUGACUUAAAUGUUAGAUUUUUGUUCUGUUAAACCCUGGUUUGCCUACAAAUGUCCAUAUUUAUGAUCGGUCACCUUCCUAUCUGCACUUUAUAAAACAAAAUCACCGCCUCACUCGGCUGCCUAUAGUGUCAAGAUGAUUAUGGUAUGGGCUUAAGAGUCCACAAAUUCAUUAGUGAUUCAGUUUGUUAGAUCGCUGUGAACUAUUUGCCAGGUCUGUACAAAAUUGUAAAUUACACUUUUGAAAUGUUUUCUACUUUUUUUUUGUAUGUGUUUAAAGGACUUAGCACCUUUCCUAAUCAGGUGUAAAUUUAAUUUUCUUACCCAAAUUGUAAAUAUAAAAUAUAUGCAUCAUGGUGCCCAGAGGUUAUUUUCUCAGGUGCUUUUUAAAAGGGCACAUAAGGAUGUUAUUUUAUGGGGUUUAGUAAACCACAUUUGUAAGUUAUGUAUAGCUGUAUAUGCCGAACAGAAAGCUGUAGUGCUAUAUUUGUGUAUUUUGGUUACCCUGUAGUUUGAAAGUACUGUUUGUGCUCUCUAGGGUUUAUGUAAAUACCUAAUGCUAGUGUAAGCUCUAGCAUAAUGGUGUCAAAAGGCAUUCGCCUUCACAAUCCAGCCUCUUAUAUUACAUCCUUCUAUUGGUUUUCUAAGUUGAUUGUCACUCAUAAAACCAGCAAUGCAGUACAGAAGCAUAGGAGUCUUAAUACCCCUCAGAUACUGUCUUUGUAGCCAAAAAGCCACAGGCAGCAUGGUUUGCGCUAUGUUCCCAGAACUUUGAAUCUACUUUUUUCUAAUUUCGCUGACGGUCUUCUACAUUUCUUGUCCUUACAUCAUGUUUUGUAUUAUUAAAAUAUAUGUGAUGUAAUAUGUGUUCAAAUCAAAAUAUACAAUGUCAUUGUGAUUCUAAACCUCUUCCAUGCAAAAGAAUUUGUAAAUUUAAAUACAAUUAUAUUUUUAUAUUUGAAAGAGAAAGGUGGUAAAAGGCUCAUAAACCAUUAACUAUGCACCUGUAUUAAGGGAAGGAGCAAAUAAAUAUUUGGAAAAAGC